AUCGAUAUAACAUACAUAGUAAGCUACCUACCUAAGCGACCUAACUGCCCGACCGUUCGCGCCCGCUCGAAUCCACGCUCCCGCUUUAGAAAGCUAGAACUUUUAGAACUUCGGCCCACCGAGAUACCGGCGCCCCACCAAACCCAACGAGAAAAAAACCGAACCCACCGCUAUAAUCUGACGUCCAUCCGCCGGCAGAACCCAAUUCAGAUCUUCUUCCUUUUUUCAAUCUAAAUAAGACUCAUCCUACAAUCCAAGACACCCGACAAAGAACAAUAUGGAAGCCUUGAGAGGGACCUCGCCGUCUAAGAAUUCUGCGAGUGCCGAGUCUCCUGAACAGUUACUGGACGCUUUUAAAGCCGCCGCCUUAUCUGUAACGAAACUAUAUAAAACUUCGGCUGCCGCUCAGGCAAAAGCGAGAGCGGAGGGUUACCAAGACUGUAUAGAUGAUCUCCUGGUCUUCUUGGACAAGUCUCAUAUAGGCCUAGGUGAUGGGGAAGGGUGGCAAAUCCGGAAAUGGGCUACUGAGAGAUUAGAUGGAAGGGAGUCACAGUCGCUAGAGAGUGAGGAUGAGGUGGAAAAGUCGGAACCUCUACCAUCACCGGAGAUUCAUCGCUCAGCUAAUCAAACACAUCCAUCUACGGCCCGGAAUGACGUCCAUAUGCAACACGAGCCUACGCCUACCCUCCAGUCUACAACUCACUCCCCCGCCGAGGAGCAACAUUGCCACGCAGUUCCGACACAAGAAAAUUUCACCUUUCGGUCAUCGCAUCAGUACCCGCAAGAGUCAUAUCCAAACUUAGAAAAUCUAGAUCUCUCCGAUUCCGCCAAGGUCAACGACAACACUAUUUCGGGCUCCUCGGCUGUCCCGCUACAUUCAUCACGGUCGCGUACAAUCAAAAGAGGUUCAAGACCAAGGCCCACUGCCCAUCUUGGGAAGGGUGCUGGGCAAAAACGACCCAUCAACUUUGCUGAGCUAUUCGACGUAGGGAGCAUCACAUUUGGGAAGGACGCAUUUGGGGGAAGGGAAGGCAAGAGAAGCCGGCACACAUGAAAAGCAACUUGAGAGCUUAGACUUUACGUCUAUAACGGGACGGCUCUCUCGUUUUUCUGGCUUAUCUGGGUACCUAUCUAGCUGGAAGAAACGGGGGUUCA